AUGGCUACGGCGGCGUCUCUUUCCAUGAAACCGCCGGCGACCUUCUUCUGCGGCGGAGGAAACCGACAUUCAUCUCCUCGAAUUUCUGUUGCGCGAUUUUCUCAUGGCGAACGGUUUCAUGAGAGUAUCGUUCGUCUCUCUGCAUCGACUGUGUUGUUCCUUUGUUUAAGCCUCCGCGUUUGCUCUCCGGCCUCCGCUCGAUUACCUUCGCCAGUGAUCGUUUCACAUUCAGUUACAGAGAACGAAGUCGACUCCGAAGCUGUAGCAGGUGAGGAGAAUCAUGUAGCUCUAAAUGAAGAUGAAGAGAGAAGAUUGGAAGCAGAUUUCGAAGCUUACAAGGCUAAAGUGUACUCUCUGACUGUGCCGUUAAAAGUCGUUGCUCUCCGUGGUUCAGUGCCACCAUCAUGGAUCAAGGAAUUCAUUAGCUCACAGGGGAAGAGAGUGAGGUUAAAAGCCAAAUUCCGAUCAAAUCUUGAAGAAAUUUUCAGUGAUUUAUCGAAGCCUAGUGGAAAAGGGAAAAAGGGGUCUGAUUCAACUAGAGCAGCUGAUAUGAUCAGCGUUGGUGAUUCUUGGCUUAGUUUCGCAAUCAAGGAGAAGCUGAUUGAGCCAAUGAAAGGGGUAGAAGAUCAAGACUGGUAUAAAAGCUUAAGUGAUAAAUGGAAGAUUUAUCUCCGCAGGAAUUUUGCGGGAGAAAAAGCUCCGGACGGUGAAACGUGGGCUGUGCCAUACCGCUGGGGAAGCAUGGUAAUUGCAUACAAGAAGAGCAAGUUUCAGCAGUAUAAAUUGGCUCCAAUAGAGGACUGGGAGGAUUUGUGGCGACCCGAGCUUGCAGGGAGGAUCUCAAUGGUGAAUUGUCCUAGAGAGGUUGUUGGUGCUGUUCUCAAAUACAUGGGAGCAUCAUACAACACGAUAGACCUGGAUUCACAAGUCGCUGGGGGAAAAAUCGCCGUGGAGAAAAAUCUAGCAUCGCUGAUGAAACAGGUUAGACUGUUUGACAGUGACAACUAUUUAAAAGCAUUCAACGUCGGAGAUGUCUGGGUCACUGUCGGGUGGAGCAGUGAUGUUAUCCCUGUGGCAAAACGUAUGUCUAAUGUUACAGUGAUUGUUCCAAAGUCUGGUGCUACCUUAUGGGCUGAUUUAUGGGCGAUCCCUGCUGUUUCCGUCUCUGGUAAAGACGCAGAAAAGAUGGGAGGACGAGUCCGAGGCCCAUCUCCAUUAAUCCACCAGUGGAUAGAAUUCUGCUUACAACCCGCGAGAUCGUUACCAUUCACACGGGAAGUGAUACCCGGCGCGUCUCCUUCAGCUCUCGAUGGUCCUCUGGUUAAAGAACCUGAAGAAACAAAGAAAAGCAGAGCAAAACUGGAUACUAACCUCGUCUCUGGUGUUCCUCUUCCAGAGAUCUUGUCCAAGUGUGAGUUCUUAGAACCUUUACCAGAGGCUACGUUAGUGGAGUACCGCCUUUUGAUUGAUAGUGUAAAGAAGCAAAGCCAAGGAACUGGGCUUGUGGGGAAAAUACAAGACACUGUUUCGUUUUGUGUUCAAGGUUUUAGGACAAAGCUUCACUCUCAGAUGAAGAAAAACACUUGA